AUGAAGCUGGAAGCCAGUUGUGCCGCCAGCUCAGAGGUCCCUAAGCCUGAAAAGGAGGCCGAGCCAGAUGCGGAGCCACAUUCAGACACCCGGCCACAGGAGGCGGCGGCCAAGUCCAGAUCUAGAUCCCGGCCUGAGGAUAAGGCCGAGCCGUUGGACUUCGUGGGCACAGAACGGGAGUUUGAGGAGGUGCUGGCCAUCUCUGGGGGCGUCUACGGUGGCCUCGACUACCUUCCCAGCCGCUACCACAGCCGGCUCCGGGAUCCCGACGGCACCGUGGUGCUGGCCCAGCAUAACGGAGUGAUCGCGCUGGAGUCGGUGCACGUGAUCGACGCCCAGGAGACCGUGCUGGUGCGGGGGCUGCGCGUGGCGUCCUGGGAGCGCGGCAAGGGCGUGGCGCGACAGCACCCGGGGGUCAAGGUGGCACAGGUCACCCGGGACGACCAGCUGGGCCCCCGGGAGCUGAAGAAAUACCGCCUAAUCACCAAGCAGAGGCGCUGGGCUCUCCAGGCCUCCGCGCCCACCCUGCGCUCACCCUUGAACCCCGCGGCGCUGCGAGUCUCCGGCACCUUCUCGCGGCUGCCCACCGAGGUCGAGUCGGAGGCUGGUGGCGACGUGGCACGCCUCCUGCUGUCGCCCUCCGUGCAGCGCGACGAGCUUCCGGGCGGGACCAUCAUCCAGGACUGGCAGCCCUACCGGCCGAGGGAGAGCAACCCGCGCCUGCUGGCGGCCAAGGGCCUGGAGUGGCGCGUGGACAGCCGCGCGUGCCCGCGCGUGCUCACUCUGUGCACGCGCCUCUUCCCCAUCCUGUCGGGCGGUGACUGCACGUGGCGCUACCUCAACAUCAACGCCUUCGGCAGCGAUGGCGUGCAGGUGCAGAGCCAGCUUCUGUGGCACCUGCAGCGCUAGGCCCCGCGCCUCGCCGGCCUCAUCGUCCUGUGCCAGCUUUUCCUAGAGCCCCAGUUAUGGUCACAGCUGGCUGACUUCUGCCAGGCCGGCUUGGGGCUCGAGCAGGCCAAGGGUUAUACAGAGCAGUACCUGCUGGAGGCCGACAGCUAG